GGGGCGCUGCGCCGCCCGCGUCAGUGCCUCCCGCGCUCCCUCCCCUUCCUCCUCCUCCUCCUCCUCCUCCUCCCGCGGCUCACGCAGGGCGCAGGGGGGGCAUGGGGGGUCGCCGCUGACACCGGGCUCCGAGACAUCCACCGCAGGAACCAUGAAGCAUCCCGUGGCUGCUGCGGCCAGCCUGCUGCCUCUCCUCCUGCUCCUGGAGCUGGUCUCUCCAGGUCAGGGCAAUCGCCUGCCAUACUUCAUCAACUACUUCUUCGACACCUACCUGCUGAUCAACGAGGACACACCUGUGGGUUCCUCAGUGACACAGCUGCUGGCCCGGGACCUGGACAAUGACCCUCUGGUCUUCGGGGUGGUCGGGGAGGAGGCCAGUCGCUUCUUUGCCGUGGAGAGCGUCACCGGAGUGGUGUGGCUCAGGCAGCCCCUGGACAGAGAGACUAAGUCAGAAUUCACAGUUGAAUUUUCUGUCAGUGACAGCCAAGGGGUGAUCAAAGGGACAGUCAACAUCCAGGUGGGAGACGUGAACGACAACGCCCCACAGUUCCACAACCAGCCCUACAGCGUCCGCAUCCCAGAGAACACCCCCGUGGGCACUCCAAUUUUCAUCGUGAAUGCCACGGACCCGGACCAGGGGGCAGGAGGCAGCGUGCUUUACUCCUUCCAGCCCCCUUCCAACUUCUUUGCCAUCGACAGCGGCCGUGGCAUCGUGACGGUGAUCCGGGAGCUGGACUACGAAGUCACUCAGGCCUACCAGCUCCAGGUGAACGCCACGGACCAAGAUAAAAACAAGCCUCUGUCUACUCUGGCCAACCUGGCAGUCAUCAUCACAGACGUGCAGGACAUGGACCCCAUCUUCAUCAACCUGCCCUACAGCACGAACAUCUACGAGAACUCGCCUCCGGGUACCACCGUGCGGAUGAUAACGGCCGUCGACCAGGACAAGGGACGUCCCCGGGGCAUCGGCUACACCAUCGUGUCGGGUAACACCAACAGCAUCUUUGCACUCGACUACAUCAGUGGAGCCUUAACCCUGAAUGGGCCCCUGGACAGGGAAAAUCCCUUCUACAGCUCUGGAUUCAUCCUCACAGUGAAGGGGACAGAGCUGAACGAUGACCGCAGUCCCUCCAACGCCAGCGUCACCACCACCUUCAACAUCCUGGUCAUCGACAUCAACGACAACGCCCCCGAGUUCAACAGCUCCGAGUACAGCGUGGCCAUCCCAGAGCUGGCCCAGGUGGGCUUUGCCCUUCCCCUCUUCAUCCAGGUGCAGGACAAGGAUGAGGGACCCAACAGCGUUUUUGAGGUCUACCUGGUGGGCAACAACUCCAACCACUUCAUCAUCUCGCCCACCUCCAUCCAGGGGAAGGCGGACAUCCGUGUCCGCGUGGCAGUGCCGCUGGACUUCGAGACCAUUCCCCGCUACGAAUUUUCGCUCUUCGCGAACGAGAGCGUCCCGGACCACGUCGGCUUCGCGCGGGUGAAAAUCAACCUGAUCAACGAGAACGACAACCGGCCCGUGUUCAGCAAGGUCCUCUACAACGUCAGCCUCUUCGAGAACACCACCGUGGGCACCACCGUCCUCCAGGUCCACGCAACUGACAAUGAUGUGGGCACAUAUGGGAAAGUCAGUUACUUCUUCAGCGAUGACCCUGACCGUUUCUCCCUGGACAAGGACACAGGUGUGAUCAUCCUGACAGCUCGGCUGGACUUCGAGACCACGCAGCGCUACACGCUGACCGUCAUCGCCCGCGACGGCGGCGGGGAGGAGACGACGGGGCGCGUCAGGAUCAACGUCCUGGACGUCAAUGACAAUGUCCCCACCUUCCAGAAGGAGGCCUACCUGGGCGCCCUGCGGGAGAACGAGCCCUCCGUCACCCAGGUGGUCCGGCUCCGGGCAUCUGAUGAGGACUCCCCUCCAAACAACCAGAUCUCCUACAGCAUCGUGCAGGCGUCUGCCUUCCGCGACUACUUCGACAUCACGGUGUCAGAAGGGUACGGAGUGAUCAGCGUGAACCACCCCCUGGACUACGAGCAGGUGGCCAACGGGGUCAUCUACCUGACGGUGAUGGCCAAGGACGCCGGCAACCCGCCGCUCAACAGCACCGUCCCCGUCACCAUCGAGGUGUUUGAUGAAAACGACAACCCCCCCACGUUCAGCAAGCCCUCCUACGUGAUAACCGUCAUGGAGGACAUUAUGGCAGGAGCCACAGUGCUGUUUCUUAAUGCCACGGACAUGGACCGGUCCAGGGAGUACGGGCAGGAGUCAAUCAUCUACUCCCUGGAAGGCUCCUCGCAUUUUCGGAUCAAUGCUCGCUCAGGAGAAAUCACCACAACAUCUUUGCUGGACCGGGAGGCCAAAUCCGAGUACAUCCUCAUUGUGCGGGCAGUGGAUGGAGGCGUGGGGCACCACCAGAAGACAGGCAUUGCUAUGGUGAACAUCACGCUGCUGGACAUCAAUGACAACUACCCCACCUGGAAGGACGAGCCAUACUUCAUCAACCUGGUGGAAAUGACCCCCCCCAACUCGGACGUCACCACGGUGGUGGCUGUGGACCCGGACCUGGGGGAGAACGGCACGGUGGUGUACAGCAUCCGGCCUCCCAACAAGUUCUACAGCCUCAACAGCACCACGGGCAAGAUCCGCACCUCGGGCGUGCUGCUGGACCGCGAGAACCCCAACGCCCAGGAGGCCCAGCUCAUGCGCAGGAUCGUGGUGUCCGUCACCGACUGUGGGAGGCCACCCCUGAGAGCCACCAGCAGUGCCACAGUUUUUGUCAACCUGCUGGACCUGAACGACAACGACCCCACUUUCCAAAACCUGCCCUUCGUUGCUGAGAUUGCCGAGGGCCUCCCCGCGGGCUCCUCUGUCUUCCAGGUGGUGGCCAUCGACCUGGACGAGGGCCCCAACGGGCAGGUGUCGUACCGCAUGCAGGUGGGGAUGCCCCGCAUGGAUUUCCUCAUCAACAGCACCAGCGGGCUGGUCACCUCCACGGCCGUGCUGGACAGGGAGAGGAUCGCCGCGUACUUCCUGAGGGUGGUGGCCAGCGAUGCCGGCACGCCCGCCAAGAGCUCCACCAGCACCCUCACUGUCAAAGUUCUGGAUGUGAAUGAUGAGAGCCCCACCUUCUUCCCUGCCAUCUACAACGUGUCCCUGCCCGAGAACGUGGCCCGGGAUUUCAAAGUGGUCCGGCUCAACUGCACGGAUGCCGACAUCGGGCUGAACGCUGAGCUCAGCUACUUCAUCACAGGUGGGAACCAGGAUGGCAAAUUCAGCGUUGGCUUCAGGGACGGGGUGGUCAGGACAGUCGUGAGUCUGGACAGGGAGACCGUGGCAUCCUACACACUGAUCCUGGAGGCCAUUGACAACGGCCCCACCGGGAACCGGCGCACCGGGACCGCCACCGUGUACGUGACUGUGCUGGAUGUCAACGACAACAGGCCCAUCUUCCUGCAGAGCAGCUAUGAAGUCAGCGUCCCCGAGGACAUCCCGGCUGCCAGCAGCAUAGUGCAGGUGAAAGCCACCGAUGCAGAUGAAGGCAUUAACGGGAGAGUGUGGUACAGGAUUGUCAAGGGAAACGAGCACAACCACUUCCGCAUCAAUCCCAGCACGGGGCUGGUGAUGCGAGGAGUGCGGCACCUGGACAGGGAGCAGAACUCCUCCCACGUGCUGGAGGUGGAGGCCUACAACACGGAGCAGGGGCCCAUGAGGAGCUCCGUGCGGGUGAUCGUCUACGUGGAGGACGUCAACGACGAGGUGCCGGUGUUCACCCAGCGCCAGUACAACCGCCUGGGGCUGCGGGAGACGGCGGGAAUUGGCACCUCGGUGGCAGUGGUCCGGGCCACCGACCGAGACACAGGGAACGGGGGUCUGGUGAGCUACAAAAUCGUGUCGGGCGCGGAAGGGAAGUUCGAGAUCGACGAGAGCACGGGCCUCAUCACGACCAUAGAGUACCUGGACUACGAGACCAAAACCAGCUACCUGAUGAAUGUCUCUGCCACGGACCAAGCGCCCCCCAACAACCAGGGCUUCUGCAGCGUCUACGUCAGCCUGCUGAACGAGCUGGACGAGGCCGUGCAGUUCUCCAACAGCAGCUACGAGGCCGUGAUCAUGGAGAACAUCCCCCUGGGCUCCGAGGUGCUCCGCGUCCAGGCUCGCUCCAUCGACAACCUCAACCAGAUCACCUACAAGUUCGACCCCAACACCAACCCCCAGGCGCUCUCCCUCUUCAAAAUCAACGGGAUCACGGGAGUGAUCACGGUCAAAGGCCAGGUGGACCGAGAGAAAGGGGAUUUCUACACCUUGACAGUGGUGGCUGAUGAUGGAGGACCGAAGAUUGACUCCACAGUGAAGGUGACCAUCACAGUCCUGGAUGAGAAUGACAACAGCCCCCAGUUCGACAUCACCUCUGACUCGUCUGUCAGCGUGGCCGAGGACAGCGCUGUGGGCAAGAGGGUGGCUCUGGUGCUGGCCCGAGAUCCAGAUGCAGGCAGGAACGGCCAGGUGACUUUCUCGCUGACGUCGGGGAACAUCGGCCGGGCUUUUGAGAUCCGUACCACCAACAACACCUACGGCGAGGUGUUUGUGGCGCGGCCGCUGGACCGGGAGCUGCUGGAUCACUACACCUUACGGAUCCAAGCGUCGGAUGGCGGCGUUCCCCCCCGGCGGAAGGAGCACAUUCUACGAGUGAACAUCCUGGAUGUCAAUGACAACCCCCCUGUCAUCGACAGCCCCUUCGGCUACAACGUGAGCGUGAGCGAGAACGUCGGCGGUGGCACGGCGGUGGCCCAGGUACGCGCCACCGACCGGGACAUCGGCCUCAACAGCGUCCUCUCCUACUACAUCACCCGUGGGAACGAGGAUCUGACCUUCCGCAUGGACCGCGUCACCGGCGAGAUCGCCACGCGGCCCUCCCCGCCCGACCGCGAGCGCCAGAGCUUCUACAGCCUCGUGGUCACCGUGGAGGACGAGGGCAACCCCUCCCUGUCGGUGAGCCGCCAAAGUGGGCCUUUCGGGGGCAGGACAGGGCUGGGCAGCGCUGUGGGAGCGAGCUUGGCACUGAGUGUGAAAGGGGACAAAAGGCACAGGGUGUGGUGUUUCGGGGACUCGGGGUCCAAACCUCCUGUGCACAGAUUUGGUUCCGUCUCCAUCGAUGCCUGGUUGUGCAGGACCUUCCCUCACAGUCAUUCAGCAGGCUUCAUCUCCCAUCUCCAAAUCCCAGCUUCCUCCCAGGUGGACACCACAGGCUCCAAAGAAGGGGAAGGGACACUUCUGCAGGGCUGGCAGGGCAGCCUCACCUCGCUGGAUCUGCAGCUCCACGAAGCCGUGAGCCACCUGCAUGGUGUGGGGCUUGCCGUGACCUUCCCGCCUGACCUCCACGGCGUAGCAGCAGUAAUUCCCGCUGUCCUGCAGCGUCAGGUUCAUCACCACAAUGUGGAAGGCGCCGUGGUGGUCAAGGACAAACUCCACGCCGCGGUGGCCGCUUUGCCGCCCCGGGGAGGGUUUUUGGGAGGCGUUGGCCGGCAGCUCGUGGUGCCUGCCGAGGUCGUGGCGCAGCUCCUUGUCGGUGACGUUGCGGAUGUGGCGCUUGUCGGAGCAGCUCUGGUCGCCCGUGCUGCUGAAACACACAGCGAGUACGGCGUGGUGAUCAGGAAAGCUGCUGCCCCUCCUGCCAGGGAGAAGGGACCAACCCCCAGGGAGGAAAAGGGGGAACUGGCUGAUGCUGACAGCAAGGAGCUGCUGGAAAGUGAAAACGAUUUCCAGAAAGAAAUUCUGGAAUGUGGGCAGGAGGCGUGGCAGAAGCGGGAGCAGGAGGCAUUGCUGGUCUUUUCCCAGCACACAGCCAAGCUGACAGUCAACGUCUUGGACGUCAAUGACAACACACCCCGCUUCCGCCCCUUCGGGGUCACCUACUUCACUGAGCGGAUCCUGGAGGGAGCCACGCAGGGCACCACGCUCAUCUCCAUCUCAGCAGUGGACCCAGACAAAGGUGCCAAUGGGCAGAUCACCUACGAGCUGCUGAACCUCUCUCCGGAAGGUUACGCCUGUCUGGAGGACCAUUCGGCAGGGAAGGUUGUGGCCAACAGGACAGUGGACUAUGAGGAGGUGCAGUGGCUGAACUUCACCGUCCGCGCCUCCGACAACGGCUCUCCCCGCAGAUCCGCUGAGAUCCCCGUGUACCUCCAGAUCGUGGACAUCAAUGACAACAACCCUGUUUUCAGCCAACCAUCCUACCAGAAAGCUGUCUUUGAGGACGUGCCGCUGGGUACGGUCAUCCUGAGCGUCACGGCCACCGAUGCAGAUUCCGGGCAGUUCGCUCUCAUCCAGUACAGCCUGGGCGAUGGAGAGGGCAAGUUUGGGAUAAAUCCCAACACGGGUGACAUCUACAUCCUGUCAGCCCUGGACCGGGAAAAGAAGGAUCACUACACACUGACAGCCGUGGCCAGGGACAACCCUGGGGAUGUCUCCAGUAACCGUCGGGAGAACUCUGUGCAGGUGCUGAUCACAGUGCUGGACAUCAACGACGUCAGGCCCCAGUUCAGCAAGAGCCAGUUCAGCACCAGCGUCUACGAGAAUGAGCCAGCGGGGACGUCGGUGAUCACCAUGAGUGCCACCGACCUGGACGAAGGGGACAACGGCGUGGUGACCUACAGCAUCGAGGGUCCUGGAGCGGAGGCUUUCAAGAUCAAUAAAGACUCCGGGCUUGUCACAUCCCGGCGGCGCCUGCAGUCCUACGAGAGGUUCAACCUGACUGUGGUGGCCACAGACAAGGGGCACCCCCCUCUCUGGGGGACCACCAUGCUCCACAUCGAGGUCAUCGACAUCAAUGACAACCGCCCCGUCUUCGUCCGCCCGCCCAACGGCACCAUCCUGCACAUCAAGGAGGAGAUCCCCCUGCGAUCCAACGUCUAUGAGGUCUAUGCCACGGACAAAGACGAGGGUCUCAACGGAGUGGUGCUCUACAACCUGCUGAAAACCGGGGCAGGGAAUAAGGACUGGGAGUAUUUCAGCAUCGACUCGGUCAGCGGGCUGAUCCAGACGGCCAUGCGGCUGGACCGCGAGAAGCAGGCAGUGUACAACCUGAUCAUCGUGGCCUGUGACCAGGGCCAGCCACCCUACGAGACCAUGCAGCCGCUCCAGGUAGCGCUCGAUGACAUCGAUGACAACGAACCCAUCUUCCUCAGGCCACCCAGGGAUAGUCCCCAGUACCAGGCACUCUCUGUCCCCGAGCACUCACGGCCAGGCACCGUGGUGGGGAACGUCACCGGUGCGGUGGACGCAGAUGAGGGCUCCAACGCCAUCGUCUACUACUUCAUAGCAGCUGGGAACCAGGAGAGCAACUUCCAGCUGAGCCGAGAAGGGAAGCUGAAGGUCUUGCGAGACCUGGACCGGGAGAAGGAGCCGUACCACUCCAUCAUCGUCAAAGCAUCCAGCCAGAGGAACUGGGCUCCUCCCCGGGGCCAGCGGGCAGCAAGGGCCCAGUUCUGGGACCUCAGCGAGGACCUGACCCUGCAGGAGGUGCGGAUCUUCCUGGACGACAUCAAUGACCAGUCCCCCCAGUUCACCAAGUCGGAGUACACGGCGGGGGUCGCCACCGAUGCCAAGGUGGGGUCAGAGCUGAUCAGAGUGCUCGCAGUGGACGCCGACGUGGGCAAUAACAGCCUGGUCCUGUACAACAUCCUGGGCAUCCGCUACAUCAAGCAGCACUCCAAUGACUCCGAGGAGGUGGCCAACAUCUUCAGCAUCGGAACCCUUGAUGGCAUCCUGCGAACCUUUGACCUCUUCACGGCCUACAACCCCGGCUACUUUGUGGUGGACAUUAUGGCCUCUGACCUGGUGGGCCACAAUGACACGGCCAUUGUGGGGAUUUACAUCCUGCGGGACGACCAGCGGGUCAAAAUCAUCAUCAAUGAGAUUCCUGACAAGGUCAGGCAGUUCGAGGAGGAGUUCAUCAGCCUGCUCUCCAACAUCACGGGCGCCAUCGUCAACACGGACGACGUGCAGUUCCACGUUGACAAGAAAGGCCGGGUGAACUUUGCCCAGACGGAGCUGCUGAUCCACGUGGUGAACAGGGAGACCAACCGCAUCCUGGACGUGGAGCGGGUUAUUCAGAUGAUAGACGAGAACAAGGAGCAGCUGAGGAAUCUCUUCAGGAACUACAACGUGCUGGACGUGCAGCCUGCCAUUACUGCCCGGGCACCGGAUGACCUGUCGGCUCUGCAGAUGGCAAUCAUCGUGCUGGCCGUCCUGCUCUUCCUGGCUGCCAUGCUCUUCAUCCUCAUGAACUGGUACUACCGGACAGUGCACAAAAGGAAAUUGAAAGCCAUCGUGGCUGGCUCCACUGGGAACAGAGGCUUCAUGGACAUCAUGGACAUGCCAAACACCAACAAGUACUCCUUUGAUGGGGCCAACCCGGUGUGGCUGGACCCCUUCUGCAGGAACAUGGAGCUGGCGGCGCAGGCGGAGCACGAGGACGACCUGCCGGAGAACCUGAGCGAGAUCACCGACCUGUGGAACAGCCCUGCCCGCACCCACGGCACCUUCGGGAGGGAGCCCUCCGCCGCCAAGCCCGAGGAUGACCGCUACCUGCGGGCCGCCAUCCAGGAGUACGACAACAUUGCCAAGCUGGGGCAGAUCAUGCGGGAGGGACCCAUCAAGGGCACUCUCCUGAAGGUGGUCCUGGAUGAUUACAUGCGCCUGAAAAAGCUCUUUGCCCAGCGGAUGGUGCAUAAGGCCACCGCCAGUCAGGGGGACCGCUCCUCGGUCUCGGAGCUGAUCCAGAAGGAGCUGGAGGACGAGGAGGAGGAGCGCAGCCCCAGCCAGGGCAGCCUGCGCUUCCGCCACAAGCAGCCGGUGGAGCUGAAGGGUCCCGACGGCAUCCACGUGGUGCACGGCAGCACGGGCACGCUGCUGGCCUCCGACCUCAACAGCCUGCCCGAGGACGACCAGAAGGUGCUGGGUCGCUCGCUGGAGACUCUGACCGCCGACUGCGGGGGCUACAGCGACCACAACGCCCGCACCGAGUCGGCCAAGUCCACGCCCCUGCACAAGAUGCGGGAGGUGAUCAUGGAGAGCCCUCUGGAGAUCACCGAGUUAUGACGAGCGGCGCUGCCGCUGCUGCUGCUCCUCUAGGCAAGCCGGGCAUGAAGCGCAGAGCAGGGGGGCCGUGGUGGGGGCCGGGGGCAGCCUGAGACCGGUGCUUGGCCCCCUCUUCCCCUGCAGGAGUCCAGGCUACGCGGUGCAGAUCGCUCCGGCAGCCUUGGAGAGCUUGGCCCCGGCAGAGGGCUCUCAGGACCGGAAUGCUUUUACUCGCCUGUCAUUUAUCCAUGAAACCAUUAAAUUUUUUUUAUUUUUCUUAGUAAAAAAAAAAAAGUUUUUUUUUUUCUAAAAAAAAAAAAAAAAGGGAAAAGAAAAGCUAAAUGAAUCUGAUGAGUCCAGACUGGACGCAGGGGCGGGGGAAGGUGCAGCGAGGAUGCAGAUGAUGUGCUGCCGCAGCAUCCCCGGGCACAGGCUGGGGACAAGCAGCUGUCACACCUCGACCACGAGCAUAGGGAGGGCCAGGGAGGCGUGGGGAGAGACCGAAUCCUUUUGGCAUUAACGUCACCUUUCCAGUAAGGAAAGACCCAAAAAAUUAAAAAGAAAAAAAAAAAAACAACCCAAAGACAUUCCUCCAUUUUGCUGGCUUUACCAAAACUUGUUGCGAUGUCGAAAAAGAGAGAGACUAACUGGGGCUUCUGGAUGUCGAGUGCUCGUGCGUGUCUUUUGUUGCCCUUUUCUUUCCCCUUCUCUCUUGCAUUUGGGUUUGUUUGUUCGGGGGUUUGUUUCCAGUCGUAACCUUGUGGAGAGUUUCGGGCACGGUCUGUU